UUCGAAUGUCUAUAAGAGAACGAGCUAGGUUGUUAUGCAGUCUAGUAAAAGCAAACGGCGAGUUAACAAGUGAUAAAUUUGGUUUGAACGAAGCGAGUAUUGAAUUGUGUUUAAGUAAUAAAUAUUAAAGUAUUCAAAGUUGAACGAAAGAAAGGAAUAAAGUCAUACAAAGCUAAAUAAAUUUCCAAUGCAAAAUUAGAACAAAAAAAAAACACUAGUAAUUGAGUUCAAGGGAAAUCAUGAGACAUGAGUAAACGAGAGAAUCAUAUGUAUGUAGUUAAGUUAAAUGAAAAAAUUAAAGAAAGUAAAGAACAGCAAAAAGCGCAAUAGUUUGUUGAAAUAAAGGAAUAAAAAAGUGCACAAUCGAAAAAAAAAACAGAAGCAGUCAACUGUAACUUCCAACUGACUUUGCCAACUAUAAACUGACGAUUUUUUCUCAACCCGUCAUCAGUGCACUUACCUAUUUGUAGUAAAAGUGAAAGCUUUCUUUGAUGUUAGUAAGAAAUGAUUAAAGAGAUUCCACAAUAGACGUAAAAUUAAAGUAAACACUUCGUUAAAAAUUAAGUGAAAUUUGCAAGUGGUCGCAAGUGUAUUUUUCUACAUGCAACAUAAUUUUGUUAUUUUUCAUUCAUGAAUUGUGUACUUUGUCGCUGUUUAUCAAUAUUUACGUAUCUUCAAAACGCUUUUGAACAAAAACUACGUGCUCAAAUCAUAAAACAAAAAUUUGGGAAACAUUUGGAAAACAACACGCAUAAAAACAAAAACUCAAAAAAGUAACAACGCAUCGACUAGAGCCGCAAUAAUUAUUGUAUAAAUAGCCAAGUGUAUAUUGUAUAAUUAACCAGCGCCAACUCAAGGAAAAGCAAAGAAAUAGGAGUAAAGGAAGAACAAUAGAAAAGCGUAAAAAUGACUGUCAUACAGGAUAUCAAACCCACAGAAGCUUGCGGGGCGGCCAUAAAUUGCUGCUCUAGUGUUGCCAGCUCCGAAACAUCAAUCGAUAAGUCCACCGACUGUGUGAAGCCUAGUUCCACGAGCAACGUUCUGUACAAACCAAAUAACUAUGAUAAUUGGGAGGCAAAUUUCGAUCUCGAUCUCUGCAAACAGAUUGACAUCGAAUUCGAGAAUGUCAAAUAUACAGUGCGAAAAUUUAACUUUCAUGAAAGAAAAUUUGUUACAAAGGAAAUUCUACAUGGCAUUAAUGGUUCCUUUCGUGCUGGAGAACUAACCGCCAUAAUGGGCCCUUCAGGUUCCGGGAAGAGUACACUACUCAACGUAAUGACAGGCUUUAGAGCGACGGGUGUCUCCGGAAGCAUACGAGUCAAUGGUGAAGCUAUUUCAACAAAUUCAUCCAGUUUUCGCGAGCUUUCCUGUUACAUACAUCAAGAUGAUCUGCUGCGGCCACAGACGACUGUUGGUGAAACGAUGAUGCUGGCCGCACAUUUAAAGCUAGGCUUCGGUGUCUCCAAGGAAUACAAGCAGAAUUUGAUCAAACACAUUUUGGCCUUGCUGGGUCUGGAGCAUCGAUACAAUGUAUUCGCGGCGAAGUUGUCUGGCGGCCAGAAGAAACGUCUGGCCAUAGCGCUUGAGUUGAUAAGUAACCCACCGGUUCUGUUUUUGGACGAGCCAACAACAGGUUUGGACAGCUCGUCGUGUAGUCAAUGUGUGUCGCUGCUCAAAAAGUUGACCUCUUUGGGGCACACCGUCGUAUGUACCAUUCAUCAGCCAAGCGCAUUGAUAUUCGAAAUGUUUGACAAACUUUAUACUGUAGUAGACGGCAAUUGCAUCUACCAAGGCCCAGUUCGGGAGCUGAUACCAUUCUUGGAAGGACAGGAUUUGGUGUGUCCGAGUUAUCACAAUCCCGCGGACUUUCUGCUGGAAAUUGCAGUAGGCGAGCACGAUCGUGAUUUGGUUAAAUUAAUAAACGCGGCAAAUAAGAAGUAUCACGAAGAUGCAGACAGUCAACAAAUAAAUGUGCAGCGCCUGCUAUCCCAAAUCAAAGAUAACGAAGCUUGCAGCAAAAUCGUCAGCAGUUUGAAGCGUUUCCCCACCGCCAUGUCGAAACUCACAGCCUUCGACUACGUAAAACCCGCCGCAGAUGACGUCGCUUUGGAGGAAAUAAAAACGCUCAAUGCCAGUGCCGCCACAAACGCGAGGAUUGACGAUAGUGAUGACGACGCUGGCCUAGCAGCGCAUGCGCAAAAUAAUAGCCGUAGAUACGCGGCCUAUAAGGCCUUGCGCACACAGCAGGCCUCGUUCAUAAUGCAAUAUUUUCUGCUUCUCAACCGAAUUUUCGUGUGCGCGCGACGAAAUUAUUUUCUGCUCUUGGCUCGUCUGAUGUCACACAUUGUAAUCGGUUUGCUAUUUGGCUACUUGUAUAUGAAUGUCGGCGAUAAAGCGACCACUGUGCUCGGCAACUACGUCUAUUUGUACGGCACGAUUUUGUUGCUGGUCUACACGGGAAAAAUGGCGGUGGUGUUAACAUUUCCUCUGGAAAUCGGGAUGUUGACGCGCGAACAUUUUAAUCGGUGGUACGGCCUAACACCCUACUUUCUUUCGAUGCUUUCUUUCGAGAUACCAUUCCAGAGUAUUUGUGCGGUACUUUACAUGGCCAUAAGUGUUUACCUCACCGGGAACAACUCAGACGAGGGCUUUCGCAUAUACUACUUCAUUGUGCUGGCGGUUUUAGCUACGUUAAGCGCCCAAGCCUGGGGCUUCUUCGUGGGAGCAACACUACCAACCAAGUUGGCCGUAUUUUUGGGUCCCAUUCUGGCAGUUCUCUUCUCGGUAUUUGGCUUCUGCACUCGCUACAUCGACAUUACGCCGAUCUUUCGUUGGAUGUGGCACAUCAGCUAUUUCCGAGCCGGUUUUCAUGGAGCGCUCAAUGCCAUUUACGGCCUAGAACGGCCGUUCCUGGCAUGCCCCGAAACUGCAAUGUACUGUCAUUUCCGUAGUCCGAAAGUAUUCCUCAACUACAUGAUGAUUUCGGACGUAAAUAUGGCGGACUGCGUUACACUGAUGGUUGUCGUGAUUGUUGUUAUGCAUGUGCUGACACUUAUUACGCUGUGGCACAAGCUGAAUAAGCGCUAAUUAACGAUAUACAAACAAAAGUACACAAAUACAUACAAAGCUUAAGUAUACGAACCAAAUAUAAAUGAAGUAACAUUUUGUAAAUAUAUGCGGUAAGAGGGAUUACGGUUUUUCUUUAGUUGAACUAAUGAUCUUCAAAUGAUUUUAAUCGCAAUCGUUUGUCAUCGCUUCAUCGUACGAAAAUAUGAAACACCGAAAGAAAUAGAAAUUUUAUACACUUGCAUGUUUGUACGUAAAAGCGGUAGCUUAGUUGUUUGCGAAUAAACGGUUAUUUAUAAAUUAGUGAUACUUACGAUACAAUAUUAAGAAUAGAAAAUAGUAUUAAACACAUAAAAAUGUACCAAAUUUGUUGUUAGAAAAAAUGUAGCUUAUGUUUUUUUAUUGCUAUCAGAAUAUCUCACAAAAUGUAGUUUAGUUUAGUACUUUGCACUUGCCAACUUUACUCAAAGAAAACUUUACCAAAAAUCUCGAAUAAGAAUUGUUGUAUUUUAAUUGGGAAGGUGAAACAUUGAUUUUAUAUUAUACAAAAUGUGUGACAAAAGAAAAUAAUUUAAACAUUAAAAUUUAAGUUGUGACCAUCAUACGAAUUCUCAAAUGUAAUUUGACACUCCUACUGUACAAAUAAAAUCAGAAAAUGUGAUCAAUAUUUAAAAAUGUA